CAAUUGAUGAGUACAAGCCCCUGGAUGCCACCACAAAUCCAUCUCUGAUACUAGCUGCUGCUCAGAUGCCAGCUUACCAGGAACUUGUGGAUAAUGCUGUUGCCUAUGGGAAAAAACUUGGCGGGUCAGAAGAGGAGCAGAUCAAAAAUGCUUGUGACAAACUUUUUGUAUUAUUUGGAGCUGAAAUAUUGAAGAGGAUACCUGGCCGUGUGUCUACAGAAGUAGAUGCAAGGUUGUCCUUUGAUAAGGAAGGAAUGAUUCAAAGGGCCAGGCGCCUCAUUGACCUUUAUAAGGAAGCAGGAAUUGGCAAAGAUCGUAUUCUCAUAAAGCUCUCUUCAACAUGGGAAGGAAUCCAGGCUGGCAGGGUUCUGGAAGCAGAGUAUGGAAUUCACUGCAACAUGACCUUGCUGUUCUCCUUUGCUCAGGCAGUUGCCUGUGCUGAAGCUGGAGUUACUCUGAUUUCCCCGUUCGUAGGACGUAUCCUGGAUUGGUAUGUUGCAAAUGGAGAUAAGAAAGCCUAUGAGCCUUCAGAGGAUCCAGGAGUGAAGAGUGUCACUAAGAUCUAUAACUACUACAAAAAGUUUGGCUACAAAACUAUCGUGAUGGGUGCUUCAUUUCGAAAUACAGGAGAAAUAAAAGCGCUCACAGGCUGUGACUAUCUCACCAUUUCACCCAAGCUUUUGGCAGAGCUCAGCAAAGAGUAUGUCAAGUUAACUCCCACACUCAGUGUAAAAGAGGCUCAGGCAUGUGAGCUUGAGAAGAUCCACCUGGAUGAGAAGGCAUUCCGCUGGCACCAUAAUGAAGACCAAAUGGCUGUGGAGAAAUUGUCUGAUGGAAUCAGAAAAUUUGCUGCAGAUGCAAUUAAACUGGAGAGGAUGUUAAAGGAGCGAAUGUUCAGUGCUGAAAAUGGAAAGUAGAAAAAUCAGAAUUCUGAGUGGUCAAGGCUGUACGAGUGAAUCACCUGAGGUUAUAAAUGGAUGUACAAAUGUCUUACCUGUAAAAGUCUUAUGCUAUGUAUGGAUAGAUUUCUGUAUCAUGCUUUUUUAUCAAUUUGCAAAGGGACAAAUAGAAUUUCAAGUUUUUGUGUCACUUUUGUCAAUACAUGCAAAUUAACAC